GGACGGAACCAGCAACCCGAAAGGUGAGAGGGCGGAGCUCAUCAUAUGGGAAGGCGUUGUCAAGAUGAAGACUCCUCCAGACAGAUCAGGAAUCACCUUUGAGAUCGGCGCACACCUGGAAGCACGAGACCGCCACAAGACCUGGCACUCGGGCACCAUCGAGAAAAUUGACUACGACAAAGAACGCGUCCUCGUCCACUACCACCAGUGGAGCCGGCGCCAUGACCAGUGGUUUCCAUGGAACUCACCGCUCUUGCGGCCACUGGAGGGAGUCAGCCUGAGGAGGCGGGCCCUGAAUGAGCCACGCCUCCCCCCGUUAUUCAAUGCUGGUGUCAAGGUUCUGGCUUGUUGGACCGACUGCAGGUUCUACCCCGCCAAAAUCCUGCGGGUCAAUAAAGAUGAUUCAUACACAGUGCGGUUCUUUGACGGAGUGGUUCGGACGGUGAAGCCCACCAAGGUCAAACCCUUCCAGGAGAAGGUCCAGUCUGAGAAGAGCGCAGUUGGAAGUGAGGGGUGGGAAGAAGGAGAGAGCGAGGAGGAGGAGGGAGCUGAAGAGAGGGAUGGAGAGGAGAACAAGGAAGAGGAGAAUGAAGGAGAGGAAGAGAAGAGGAGGAAAGAAGAACCUUCAUCCGACCACCCACCUGUGAAAAAGAGAAUGGAUGAUGGUGGGGGCAGUCAGCCAAUCAAAAGUGAGUCAACCCUGCCACUCCCUCCUCACCCCGCCCACAUCAGCAGAGACAUCCUGUUAGAGCGCCAGGCCCACCUGCCGACAACGCACAAGUUCAGCAGAGAGCCGCUGUACCGGGUCAUAAAGAACCAGCCUCCGCCCAUCCUCUCCAUCGAGCUGGACCACAACCCCUUCAAGUGUCCUACACCAGGCUGCACCAAGUCCUUCAGAAAGGCCAGCUUGCUGCACUAUCACAUUAAGUACUACCACACUGACCAGCAGCUUGACCAGCGAGGCAGUGAGCCCGACAUGCACAGAAGGAAGCGGUCAUCUUCUGAAGGGGCAGACAUCCUGUUUGACAACAGUAUCACCUGUUACCAUGACAACAGAGAGCAGGACACCAUGGGAACAGAGGUGAAGAAAGAUGGAGGAAGAGACAAAUCAGGAAGUCAUGACAAGAAGGAGAGGAAGAACCUGCUGAGAGUCAAACUGAAGAAGAAGAAAAAGAAGAAGAAAAGUCAUCUAGGGCCAUGCAGCAGUGAGGAUGAGAACUCUGACAGACUUCCCAUCACCGUCAAACUGUCCGCAGACCCUCACAGCGAUCUCACACCAGUGGACGAAGGCAGCGAUUGGUCAACGCUCACAGCAGAGAGUGGAGAGGACACGCCCACAUGGCCAGUCGCUAUGGAGACAGAGGAGUGUGAGGUGGUGAGGUGCGUGUGUGAGGUGGAGGAGGAGAACGACUUCAUGAUCCAGUGCGACUCCUGUCUGUGUUGGCAACAUGGCACCUGUAUGGGUUUAUAUGAAGACAAUGUCCCACACAAGUACACCUGCUACUACUGCAGACACGCCGCAGGUUGGAGUCGGGUUCAGCGUCACCUGUUGGAACCUGAUUGGGUCAUAUCUGGUCACAUGUUCGGCCUGUCGUGUGCGAGAGAAAACUACUCUGAGAUCAACGCCUCUAAGAUCUUAAACACCAGCCGACUGCUGGCGCACACGCACAGCCUCAGUCAGAUCCUCAGAGGGCUUCAGCUCAAAAUCAGUUUGUUGCACUCUCCAUCCCACCCUGACCUCCAGCUGUGGCAGUUACCAUGGAGAUGGGAGGAGGAGCCACGUUUGGCGAGCCAGAGGGGAGAACCCACCGUCUGUUAUGUCAGCAGUGAGCACUGCUACCAGAAACCUGGAGCAUCAUGGGAAAUGGCAGAGGAGAGGGAAAAUGCAAAGCAGGAUCAGAGUCCUGAUCAGGACAUGAAGUGUUACAACAUUAGCAAGCAGCAACGUUGUGUCACAACGCGCAGACAGCCCUGCCCAUCGACUGUGACUGAGUGCCAGCUGAACCUUCUGGAUCACGUGGAAUCGGUUCAUCAGCAGAUCAGCGCUCGGAUGGACCUGAUAGAACGAGAGCUGGACGUUUUAGAAUCCUGGUCGGACCACUCAGGUGAACUCGAGCCUCCUGACCCUUUGUCCCGCCUCCCACAGCUCAAACAGCGAAUCAGGGGCCUGCUGCGUGACUUGUGCACUGUGCGGCAGUUGUCAGUCUGCUGCUGACAACUCCAGCCUGUUCACCUUUGACCUCUGACAGCACAGUGUCACUGUGGCUGAUAGAGGUGUAGAGCACCACCAUGUUGUGAGGAACCACACAGUCCAAGACCAGAGAAGAAGAACCACCAAACCUUUUUAAAGUGGAACUCAGAUCUCAUGCAGAGGUACUGAACCAUUCCUCAAACGCCCUCUAGAGUUCACUAUCUAAACACAAAUUUGAUUAGAUUUUUAAAGCACAAGUCCACUUUAGUUAAUCCCAUAGUCAUAUUAAAACACUGUUAGCGAUCACAUCUCUACUCACCUCUGACAAUUGCUUCUUUUGGUAGAAAUUCCUUUUGGUAGAAAUUUGUAAAUUAAUCCAUCAGCAUCAUCCUUGGAGUUAAACAUUUGCAGUACGCUCAAAAUGGCAACAAAAUAACACAGAUGACAGUUAAAAAAAAAAAAAAUAAAUAACAGAAGAAAUAUGAUCAGUUCCAUAUUUUUUUUUUCAUGCACUAAUCAGUGUUAUGGUUCAGAAGUUAGAGUGCAAAAGCUACUGUUUCAUGUUCUGUAGUUUGUCGGGGGAAAUGCACCUUUCAUGACACAGCUAUCAAAGGUGAGUCACAUUUCUCUCUAUUACAGACAGACUAAGCCACGCCCACUGAUUAUGCCACCAGUAUGUAAUUUUCAGAUCCUGUUAUUUCCUGGGUCUGACCAGGAAUUGACUUCGUUUUUUGAUGCUUGUUUUUGGAACAAAAUGUUAAGAAGAAACUCAUUCUGGAUUUAAAAACACAUGUGGUCUAAACAGAUGUUUCAGAAAACAAACGAUUUUUAUAUAUAACCCACCCCCCCCCCCCCAAAAAACACCUUGAAAAUAAAAUUUAAAUGAUGUAUUUUUCAUCUCCUCAAAUAACAGAGCUCUAUAUUAAAUAUGCUAGAGGGCGCCACAGUGAACUCCCAGAAUUGCAUAAUUAUCGUCAACAUGGCUGCUGUUAUCGAAGUAACCCCCGGAUAAACAUUUAUGAACAACAUCAUGUAAAGCUAAUAAAUUCUCCUUGAAGUAAAUUAGUCUGACGACUUUGAGUUUACAAGGUUUCACCAAUUUCAUGAUUGUAACAUCAACAUAAGUUCACAUUAUUCUAUAAUUAUUUUUAAGUUGUCAUUCUUCUGAGUUAUAAACUGUGACACUCAAGAAACAAACAAACAGACCCGAAGGUAACUUUGGGGACGGCAGCAGACAUUCGUGCAUUAACUCCGCCCUCUAACACAUUGUGGAUGAUGACUGACUUUCUGAUGUUAACAUUUUGUACGUAAAAUACAUAAAGUUUAGAUUAGUGUCAGACGGCCAGAGUGCUGACAUCACUGAUGGGAGGUGGAGCCUCAUUGUGUUUGAAAUCUGAGUUCAAAAUCGUCUGUUAGGUGACUGAUGUAACUACAUAUUUCAGAUGUAGCCUGUCAUGCUAGCAGAAGAUGUUUUAAGCUUUUACUGAACAUAUUUUCACAGGAAACAGUUCGACUUGAGCUGAAUGUAUUUGAAGUCACUAACAGAGUCAUGUAAAUACUUCACUUUGAACUUUGACUACAUUUUCAAACUUUUCUGUGUUGAAAAAGACAAUUUUCACUUUCAGUUUAGGACUGUUUGUAUCAUUUUACCAAAGUGAUGAUUUCCUAUAAUAAAUAAAGGCCUGAUGAUAAUCUAAA